GUCAUCCAAACGAUUAUAGCCGAAAAAAUGGCGGCCAUUUUGUGGUUUUGCUAAAAGGAAGGCUUUUCUCGCGUCGUUGGGUGAGGAAGGGUAGCAAUGGAGCCUAUAAAGGAGUAUUCCAAGAUCCUCCUGAGUCUGGACAACUGUAUCGUGCCCAAGGAAAGGCUUCUGAACACGCCGUCACGGCAGGACGGUGUUGGGUGCGAAUUAGAGGUAAAACUUCGUCUUCUCGGCUGCGAGUGCAUCCAGACGGCGGGACUACUCCUAAAACUGCCCCAGGUGGCCAUGGCUACUGCACAAGUCCUGUUUCAGAGGUUCUACUACUCCAAAUCUUUCAUCAAAUACAGCUUACAGCCCAUGGCAAUGGGGUGUAUAUUCUUAGCAGCCAAGAUCGAAGAAGACUGCCGGCGAAUUCGAGAUGUAAUUAACGUUUUUCACCACCUGCGUCAGAAACUUCUUGGGAAGUAAGUGACAUCUCUGUUGUGUUGUGCUGCAUAAUUUUGAGCCACUGGUAUUCUAAUUAGAGCCACCCAUUCUAAUUAGAGAGCACUCUUAUUGAGGUCGACAAUCACGAAGUGUAUGCAUGUGCUGAGUAGGGACAAAUGAACCUCUAAUUAGAGAGCACCUUUAAAAUAGCGUUGAAAAUUAUACCAGACUUGGUGCGAGUGUUGGGAUAGUAGGGGGAAGUGUGUGUGACAGGUGUGUGACAGGUGUUUGGUGGGUGGGUGAUAGCAGCUCAUUCUGUGUUGUGUCCCCUGGCUGGGGUAACUGGUCCUCUUCUCCCUCCUCCCACCCACCCAGCCGCUCUCGGCUCUGCUGCAAAGCAAGCUAGGCAGCUGGCUGUAUGUGGCUGGUGGCGAGAAGAGAGAGAGAGAGAGAGAACGAGGGGAGAUGAAGAUCGCGGAGUACUUUUGGUAAGACGACUACUCAUUUCAUAUGAUGGAGCUACUGACUGUUUUGUGAGUGUUUGUUGUGGAACAUUUUCAGUUUAUACUCUGCUAUACUGUGAUCUCAAGGAUUUGUCAUUGUCUUCUCUCUGAUGAUUUUGUACCGGUGUGCAGUCAUCGUGGACUAAGAGACUUGAACUGACUAUUUUUAUGGACUCACUGUUAUGGUUGUUUACUCUAAAUAGAGCCCAUCCAUCAGCUCUGAACUCUAAAUGGAGUCCACUCCUUAGUUCUGAACUCUAAAUGGAGCCCACCUCCUGAACUCUAAAUGGAGCCUCCUAACUACAAAAUCGGAAUGGAGUAGUUCUGAACUCUAAAUGGAGCUCACAUCUCAGUCCCUAAAUGGAGCCCACCUCCAGUCUGAACUCUAAAUAGAGCUCACUUUCUCUGAAUUGUGUGAACUCUCUCUUCAGGUCUCAACUACCCGCUCCUCCCUGCUCUCCCUCUCUGACACACAAUCCUCUCAGAGAAAAGCUGCUGUCAUCCACCACACAACACAUAACUUACAUAAAUGAACACACUUCCCCCAACUACCGUUUAUACGAUGGUGCCAAAUUUUUGAGGUUUUCGUGCAAUCCACAAAAAAUUUUGCUACACAGUGUCAGUGUGCAUCCUAAAAUAGACCAAUCCGUUAAAAAUUAGUGCCGUGAGAAUUUGGCCCUGUACCUGGUACAGUGGUUGCCUCUCCUUAUAGUUUACCCUUGAACUGUAAAUAAAACCAUUUGCCAGCAUUUUUUGGUCGUAAUCUGUUGAUUUGUAAGCCUUUUUGAAGCCUUUUCUCUCAUCUCUGUCUUCCUUCAGGUCUGUCUCGUGUAUGGACUACAUGGGUGAGGAAUAUUUCAAGCUCAAGUCGACCGUAAUAAAGUACGAGAGAUUUCUCCUCAAGGAGCUGGGGUUCUGUGUUCACAUCAAACAUUCUCAUAAGCUCAUCAUAACCUACCUGCAAAUGCUGGAGAUGGACAAGAACGCGGCGCUCGCCCAGAACAGCUGGAACCUCAUGAACGACAGUCUCCGGACAAACGUGUUUGUGAGGUUCACACCAGAGACCAUAGCCUGUGCCUGCAUCUACCUCGGAGCAAGGCAGAUGAAGAUCCCGCUGCCGCAGAGCCCUCCCUGGUGGCUACUGUUUGACGCAGACUUUGAAGACAUGGAGGCCAUUUCGCUGGAGCUCCUGUCCCUCUAUCGCUGGCCUAGUGUCCAGAUGGAGAGUGUGGAGAGAGAAAUCACCAAACUGAAAGAAGAGUAUCAGAAAAGGCAGGUGGAAAUCAAGGAAGUGAAGCUAAAGAAGAGUACAGAGGUCGACGAUCCAAACACGAAAAAAGGUCUCCUCCCCAUUCCCUGGGAAUCUCAUCCUGCCCCAGUCAACGACAGUCGAUCGUCACAAAAGUCCCCCACACCCACCCCCCUCCCAAAAUCAUCCGUCAAAGCCCCCCUUAUUUCGCCCCCUCACCCCCGCACUCGACCUGUCCCAAAGAGCUAUCGAGUCUCUCCCCCUCCCUCCUCCCCCCCUCGCCCACAACCCAGCAGUGGUCUCCUUGGUAAGAGAGAUUUGCGAGUUCCCGCCAGUCGCUCAACCCGAUCUGUCAGUCCGCUCGUCACACACGCCCGCUCCGCCCGAGACCAGACCCCUCCCCCUAAAUCGGCCCCUAGCCCAAUUAACUGGAAAGAUGCCAAGGAAGAAGAGAGGGGGAGAUAUAGCGAGGCAGAAUCUAGCGAGAGUCGAACUCCGUCUCCCAUUCGUCCUCAAGGCCACACCCCCCUGGCGUACCGGCCGGUCCUGAGUCCAAUUGUGUUAUCGGAGGACGAUGCUGGGAGCGACUCGGCACCUGCCGGUAGCCCCUCCCCUCUCUCUCUAGUCCGCCGAGAGAACGGACUGCAGGAGAGAUCUCGUGACGAAAUGUAUGACAGGAAAGUCCGCAAAGGUCGUCAUAGACACGGUGACCGUGGCAACCACAGGGGUCACCGGGAGAGCAAGAGGGUUCGUAGUCGUAGCAACGAGGACGGGGAUCGCCAUAGAGACCACACACGCCGUCACGGUAAACAUCGACACAGAGAAAGGAGAGAGAGACGUGACUUUCUUCUCGAACACAGGCACCACAGGGAGAGAGAGUAUGCAUACGAACAAAGGUCACGAAAGGUCGAUCGCAUCCGACGCUGACCUGUUUCCAUGACUACAAUCUCUAGGUCAAAAAUCUGACACUGACAAUUUUAUUUAACUUCAUCAAUGCCACAGUCAUUGUAUUAACUGUGUGUAUACAUCUUUUUGAUUCUGCACCAACUGUCUCUCUUACUAUAAUAAUUAAUGUUCUUUGCCACAAAGAUCGAAAUUGUGCAAG